AUGCCACCAGUUCUCUCAAUAUUAGACCGACAUCCUAAAUACAAGGAAGAUUUUUAUAAGAGCAAAGGAAAAAUUCACUGUAUUUUUUGUAAAUGUCUUAUUACUCAACAAAAAAAAUAUAAUUUAGAUUCACAUCUAAAUUCCAAUAAACAUAAAAAACAAAAAAAAAUUGCCGAAUCUCGUAAAAUUUCACAAGCUUAUCAAAACUUAACCGUACUUCAAACUCAAAUAAAUGAUAAACAAGAAAUUAACAUCGAUCUAAUUAAAGCCUUUACUAAAGCGGAUAUUCCUUUGGAAAAGAUUAACAAGUUAAAAUCAUUUUUUCAAAAAUAUUGUAUAAAUG